CGCGCGUGCCUGCCCAGGUCCUGGCUAUGUGUUCCUGCUGCUGCCGCCGCCAUCUUGGUAGGGAGCGGAGAAAGGAAAAGCAGCCAGGCCUAGUUGAAGCAGAUGAGGGAGAGGCUCUUUCAAGGAAUUGUUGCACUUCAUUUCAGAGUUGACCAAGGAAAAACAAUCCCUGAUGUGCUCUUGGGCUUGACCUAUAGUAAAUAGCAGCACAUCUUUCGCCUUUGUGGCUGGAAAGACACUUUAAAGUGGUGUGUGCCCGUCUGUGCUUCCGGUGGGGUAACCUUGCUGGUGCCUUCCAUUUUUAGACAUUAGAGCUAGACUUGCAGGGGCCUGCUUAGGAGGUAACAAUGGCAGAAAAAGAUGUGUUGUUAUAUCCUGCCUUGGACAAAGUGGCUGGUGAGGAGUUCCUUCAGGAAGCAUUCCAGAUCAUGCUAGAGGAAGGUAUCAGAAAAGGAAUGGAUGCCUCUGAAAAGGUGUGCAAUUGGAAGGAGCCUGAGGAACUUCAGCAAAUUCUGGACCUGGAGCUAAAAGAUGGUGGGGAGCCACAGGAGAGAUUGCUAGAACAUUGCCGGGAUGUUAUAAGAUACAGUGUGAAAACAUGCCACCCACGUUUUUUUAACCAGUUGUUUUCAGGGCUUGAUCCUCAUGCUUUGGUUGGACGACUGAUCACAGAGAUGCUCAACACUAGCCAGUAUACCUAUGAGAUUGCUCCUGUGUUUGUAUUGAUGGAGGAGGUUGUGCUGAAGAAGCUGCGGGAGCUAAUUGGUUGGGAUGGAGGAGAUGGGAUCUUCUGCCCUGGGGGCUCCAUCUCCAACAUGUAUGCCAUGAACGUGGCACGGUACCACCACUUCCCAGAUUGCAAGCAGAAGGGUAACUGGGCAAUACCCAAACUGGCAGUGUUCACUUCACAGGAGAGCCACUACUCCAUCCAGAAGGGAGCAGCCUUCUUGGGCAUUGGCACUGACAAUGUAUACCUUGUUGCAGUUGAUGAAAAGGGAAAAAUGAUCCCUGCUGAUCUGGAGAAACAGAUCAAUCGGGCCAAAUCUGAGAGGGCAUUUCCCUUCUUUGUCAGUGUCACCUGUGGCACCACUGUCCUGGGGGCCUUCGACCCCGUGGCUGAGAUUGCAGAAGUGUGCUCAAAGCACAGGGUUUGGCUCCAUGUGGAUGCUGCGUGGGGUGGCAGUGCCCUUCUCUCACAAAGACACCGGCACCUUCUGGAUGGAAUUGAGAGGGCAGAUUCUGUGGCUUGGAAUCCCCACAAAAUGCUUAUGACUGGGCUGCAAUGUUCUGCCUUCCUGCUCCGAGACAGCUCUGGCCUGCUACAGAGGUGCCACUGUGCCAGAGCCACCUACCUAUUCCAGACUGACAAGUUUUACAACAUGGCUUAUGACAGAGGAGACCAAACUAUCCAAUGCGGACGCAAAGUUGACUGCCUCAAGCUGUGGCUGAUGUGGAAGGCCAAUGGCACUAAGGGCUUGGAGCAGAGAGUAGACAGGGCCUUUGCCUUCACUAGGUAUUUGGCUGAUGAGAUUAAAAAGAGAGAAGGUUUUCAGCUGGUGAUAGAGCCAGAAUUCAUCAAUCUCUGUUUUUGGUACGUGCCUCCCAGCCUACGUGGACAGGAGGGAUGCACGGAUUACUGUCUGAGACUGGGGAAGGUGGCUCCCAUGAUCAAGGAACGGAUGAUGAAGAAAGGGUCCAUGAUGGUGGGCUACCAGCCGCAUGGCAACAGAGUGAACUUCUUCCGCCAGGUGGUCACUAACCCUGCAGUCACUAGAGGGGACUUGGACUUCUUCCUCGAUGAGAUUGAGGUGCUGGGGAGAGACCUCUAGUGGCUCUUCCCUUCUCCCUGCAGCCCACUCUGACAACAGUGGGACUAUGUCUGAAAUCCUGGGACUACUUCAUUGGUACUUCUAAAAUGUUCUUCCCUGACCUCACCUCACCCCUUUUCAAAUAAGCCCUAACGAUUUCUGGAAUACAUUCCACUGGAGCUACCUUCUAAGGAGAGGCACAAUACCAGAAAGGGGACUGGCUGAGGCUGCUGCAAGGUGCAAGCAGAAGUGGAGAGUGUGAGGUGGCAUGUAUCAGCCCCCCAGCCAUGCUGCAUAAGACAACAGAACACAAAGCCCUAUUCUUUGGCCUGCUGGGCUGAAACUUGCUUUCUCUUUUCCUCUUAGUAAAUCCAUUUAAUUAAAAUCUGUUUUCACUCCUC